GGGAAAGCUCGGCUGCUUCACCGGGAAUACUACUCAUACAUUCCAGGAGGGAGACCGGACCGGCUGCCUUCACCCGCGGUUUCCUUUUUCGGCUGAUCAGAAGAAGAAGAGGAUGAGGCUCUCCUGAAUUUCCCUACACACCACCCCCCUCCCACCCCCCUUCAUCCUCCUCACUGUCCUCUUCCAUACACACACACACACACACACACUGCCUCUGCCAUGAACCACACACCCAGCCCCCACCUGUCCGACGGUGGCAAGUCAGCCGGAGGCGGCAUUCUGUGCAGCCUGGGUCUGGGGUCCGACAGGGGGAUCCGCUCCCCGGACAGCCUCACUCACACCCCGAGCCCCACCGGAGGAACCCCCAGCUCCAGCCCCCCGCUGCUGCUGUCGCCCGGGCUGGGGGGCCUCGGGCUUGGAGGCCUGGGGGCCAUGGGGGACGUAGCAGGGGCCGACUGGGAGAGCAGGGAGGAGCUGAGGCUCAGAGAGCUGGAGGAGGCUCGAGCCAGAGCGGCACAGAUGGAGAAGACCAUGAGGUGGUGGUCUGACUGCACGGCCAACUGGAGGGAGAAAUGGAGCAAGGUCCGUGCUGAGCGUAACCGCGCCCGUGACGAGGUGCGUCAGCUGAGGCAGCGUCUGGACACCCUCACCAAAGAGCUGACCAGCGUCCGGCGGGAGCGUCAGGAACUGGCCUCGGAAAACGAGACGCUACGGCAGGAGGCGCUGCGUCUCCACGGCGACCACGCCGUUCCUCUCGCCUCCCCCGCCCCCGCCCCCGCCGCCGCUUCUCCUUCUUCCUCCCCAGCACACCCACCUCACGGCGCUUCUUCCUCCUCCUCUCCAUCCAUCCCUCCCUCCUCCCCGGCCUCCUCCACCUCCUCCGCUCAGGUCCACACGGAAUGUAAGCUGGACCGGGUGGCGGAGGGACCGCCUGGGUCUCCAGAGCCAGAACCAGUGAGGGACGUGGACCUGGAAGCAGAACUGAUGGUUCAACAAAAGGACUUGGAGCUUCUGGACUCGGUCCUGCAUUCGAAGGCCCAGGGCGGCGACGCUCAGGAGGCCUGGGAGAGCCGCAGCAGUAGCAGCGGCGUCAACCCGGCUGGCUCGCGCUCGUUCUGCGGUCUGAGCCGGCAGGAACGCAGCAGGCAGCUGUGGGACGACAUGAGCACCGCUGAGGAAGACUCCAGCAAACUGAACGCCCUGCAGCUCCGCCUGGACGAGUCCCAGAAAGUCCUGCUGAAAGAGAGAGAAGACAAGCUGGCUCUGAGCAGGAGCAUCGAGAGGCUGGAGGCUGAACUCAGUCAGUGGAAACUUAAAUAUGAGGAGCUCAGCAAGAGCAAACAGGAAGCCUUUAAACAGCUUAACCUGCUAAAAGAAAUGCACCAGGAUGAACUAGGCCGCAUAUCUGAAGACCUGGAGGAUGAGCUGGGAGCCCGGACCAGUAUGGACAAGAAGCUAGCUGAACUACGAGCUGAGAUGGAAAGGUUGCAGGUGGAGAACGCUGCAGAGUGGGGUCGCAGGGAGCGUUUGGAGACAGAGAAGCUGGCGCUGGAGAGGGACAACAAGAAGCUGAGGGCUCAGGCUGAAGAUCUGGAGGAGCAACUGGCCAAGAAACGCCGGCAGGCCGCCUCCGCACUCGACUCCGACCUCAAGGCCAUCCAGACCGAGCUGUUCGAGAGAAACAAGGAGCUGGCUGACCUUCGCCACAUUCACACAAAGCUGAAGAAGCAGUUCCAGGAGAAGACGGCCGAGCUCGCCCACGCCAACCGCAGGGUGGACAGCCACGAGGCUGAAGUCAAGAAGCUGAGACUGCGGGUGGAAGAGCUCAAGAAAGAGUUAGGACAGGCCGAGGAUGAGCUGGAUGAGUCCCAUAACCAGACGAGGAAGCUGCAGAGGUCUUUGGAUGAGCAGGUGGAGCAGACUGAGAACCUGCAGGUCCAAUUGGAACACUUACAGUCCAGACUGCGGCGGCAGCAGCAGAAUCCCGGUCUCUUUGGGAAGAUGCGAUCGGCUCGGUUCAGCCCCGAAAACCCAGAGGGCCCGACCAGCGACAUGGACGAGGAGGAGGAGGAACUGCAGCUCCAAAUCCCAUGA